UACUCUUAGAGAAACAAUCGCGGCUGCUGAAACCAGAGUCCCUUCUCUCUUACUUUUUGUUCCUGCUCAACAUUUUGAGCUUCAGAGAUCGCAUAACACGAUCUAAUUUCCACGUUACGUGAAUCAAGCAAGCUCUCAGAUUCAAAAUAAAUUGACAAUUUGCCGAUUUUUUCAUCUCCCGAAUGUAGAUUGGUGUAUUGCCGAGCAAAAUAAUCUUUUUUCUAUUUCUUUGUUUGGUGAGGAAAUCGGAGUUUUAAGUAUGAUCAGGGAAAAACAUUAAAGGGUUUUUCUGGGGGCUCUUAUUGUAUAUAUGCCUUAAACUUUUUUGGCGGAAAAGUAAACGGUGGAGGAAAAAAGUUCACUUAAGGGAGUUUUGAUUGUUAUUGUUAGUAAUAUCUGUUUCCCUUGGUUUCAAUUUGUGUGAGAUGUUAUCUGUGGGCAGUAGAGAUGGUAGAAAGCGGAUGGGUUUGGGAUUAGACAUGGAAGAAACUGAGCUAGAAGAAGGGGAGGCUCUUGGUUAUCAGGAGGGAGAAGAUUCCACCAUUAACCCUGAUAUUGCUCUCUCUUACAUUGAGGAAAAAGUCCAUAAAUUUUUGGGUCACCUCCAGAAAGAUUUUGAAGGAGGUGUUUCAGCUGAGAAUUUGGGGGCAAAAUUUGGUGGCUAUGGUUCUUUUUUACCUACAUAUCAGCGGAGUCCAUCUUGGUCCCAUACAAAAAGUCCAGCCGGGGCUCAUAACUAUGAGUCACCAAGAAAGCCCCACACAGAGGAUCAAAGGCAGAAUUCUUUAGCUUCAUCAAGUGCUUCUCCAUCAAUAAGGCCCCCUUCCGCUUCAGGAAAACCUUUAUCAGUGGGAACCUCCUUGCAAGGCAAUGGCUACUUAAAAUCUAAACAUGCUAAACAAUCAAGCUUAAAAAGUGGAACAAAUAAAAAAUCUGCGAGUGAUCAGAGAACACUGAAGGUCCGGAUCAAAGUUGGCUCUGAAAACCUGUCAGCACAGAAGAAUGCUGAAAUCUACAGUGGACUUGGUCUUGUAGUUUCACCAUCCUCUUCGAUGGACGACAGUCCCACAACUAGUGGAAGGCAAUGUGGUAAACUUUUGGGUGUGCCUGAGGCAUCACCAACCAAUAUUCUUCAGAUUAUGACAUCUUAUUCUGAGGAACUUCUUCUAUCCCCUCUAUCUGAGGAUCUGAUUCAUCUUACAGAAAAAAGGAAGUUGAGGGGAAUAAGUGAAACUAAACCAGGUGACAAAACAAGCAAAAUGUCUGGGCCAUUAUGGAAUGGAUCUCUUUCCAGUAGGAGCAACCAUAUAGUUACUGAACAGAAAAAGGUUGAUGAUUACUUCACAGAAUUACCAUAUCUGAAAAAUAAUGCUUUUGUGGAGAGUAAUGUUUCUCCACUGAAGAAGGAAGAAAAUGAUCGUGAUGCGUUUGGGUAUGAGGAGCUCGUCUGUAAUGCUUUGAAGCUUCCACUUUUAUCGAGUUCUCAGCAUAUUGUUUCCGAUCCAUCAAAGGGUAUGUCCCCUGCAGCUUUUGCUGUGAAAGAUGGGAUAAAGCAAGAAGCCUUAACCCCGUUUAUUGAGAAGGAACAUUUGGAGGGUUCGGCACCUGCUCAUGAUGCUAGCCGAGUUGAGAAAUUGUGUGUGAGGUCUGGCUCAUUGGUCAAGGCUUCUGAAUCUGAAGAAGGAAAUUUAAUAGGUACUGUUGCAGCUUGCCCUCAGGAGGACGUAUAUAAGGCAGAAAAGCUUCCUGUCUUGGACCAGUCGGAGUCUAAUGCCUCUAAGGGAAUAAAAGCUCACACUGCUGCCGAACCGCCUGAUCUCUUGAAACAAUUAGUAACUCAGAAAGGAGGGUCAGUUAAAGAGGAAGGCCUGGAAUCAUCUCUUGAGAAAUCAUCAACUGGGGGGAAGAGGAAACGGAAGGAAGCUCAAAAUAAAGACUCUGAAGGUGCAUACAGGGCAAAAGAUGAGUUAUUGGUUGAGUCUUCUUUGGUUCCUAAAAGUUGCAAGAGUUCUCAGACUAAUAAUAGUCUCAUAUCUAAAAAUGGCACACCUGAUCUCCAGAAGGAGCAUGAGAAACCAAGGGACUGGUAUAAGGACUUCUUUGGAGAUGUAGAAUUCGAAAAUGAAUACAAUGAAUCAGUUUCUGGGGAAAUGACAUCCUCAGGAAGGUUAAAAGAUUCUCAACUUGCUGGAAAAAGAAAUUUAAGUAAAGAUCAUAACAUGUAUCGAGAAAAACAUACAGGCAGAAAUUCUGAAAAAACACUAGAAAAAAAUGCUAAAUCCGUUUUCCGGCCAGCUCCUCCCCUUGAAAAUGGUCCGAGUUCUGAAGCUCCAGGUGGAUCGAUUCCUCUGGUCCAAGAAGAUUGGGUUUUAUGUGAUAAGUGUAAAACAUGGAGACUACUCCCACUUGGUACUAAUCCCAAAAAUCUCCCUGAGAAAUGGCUUUGCAGGAUGCUUUCCUGGCUGCCUGGGAUGAACCGUUGUAGCAUCCCAGAGGAGGAGACGACUAAUGCUUUAAGGGCUCUUUACCAUCCUGUUACUUCAGCUCCGGUCCCUCCUUCCGAGGGUCAAGACAUUCGGCCAAAUAAUUCCUUUAUGGCUAUGGCGGGGAUGAACUCAGCUGAGCCCAGGCCUCUGGCUCAAGAACACCAUGAUGUUGCUGUCCCAACUGCACCAAAUAGCUGGAAGAAGAAACAUGGGUCUGCAGUGGCUGCAAAUUCAGCGGAUAUAGAUGGUUCCACCAACUCAUCGAACUCACGGAAGAAGAAUCUUGGUAUGUUGGGAAAAGUAACUAAAAUGAACAGCACGAGUAACUCACCUUCUGUAGAUGAAUCUGGACAGCAUAUGCGGCAAGCAAGUAUGGUAUUAGAGAAGUGCAGGGAUGCUAAAGCAGAAAAAUUAUCACAAGUCAGAUCUUCCGAUAAAGGUACGAAUGUAAAGAUAAUGAGCAAGCGUGACUCUGAUAUGGAGGGCUCUAGAUCUUCUAAAAGAAUUAAGAGUGAGGAGUUGCAUUGUGAUGAUGAAAAUUGGUAUUCUGACAAUGGUGGCUGGCCUUCCACAAAAGCAGGUCAUCGCUCGUGCAGUCUGUCAAAUAAUACAUCUGAUAAUGAUCCAGACAAGUACAAUAACCCUCACGAUUUUAAUGGUGAAUCCAUGAAAAGUAUAGUAUCGAGUAUGAAUGUAGAAAUGCAUGUUCCAUCACCUGCAGCUGAUGGUUUGCUCUGUUCUGGAAAAUAUGACGAUGAAGAUCCUAGAAAGAGGAUAACAAAAGAAAAUCAUGGUUCUAAGACUCAUAAUGAGCCUGUUUCCAAUUCAGGACAACAUUACUUGCACUCUGAUGAAUUUAGAGAAGAAUCGAGUGAAAGUGAACACAGAAAAGAAAAGAAAGCUAGACUUUCCAAGUCUGGAGGAAAAGCUAUGAGCGGAAGCAAAGCCAGUGUAGGAGCCGACAGAAAAUGCAAAAGUAUUAAGGACCAAUAUGAUGGGCAGCUUGUGAACGGCACUCAAGCAGUAGAUUAUUUGAAAAGUGACAUGGCUUCUGCAAAUCCUUCAGUUGCUGCCAAUUCAAGCUCUUCCAAGGUAUCUGGCUCACAUAGAACCAAAACUAAUGGCCAAGAACUUAAAGGCUCCCCAGUUGAAUCAGUCUCAUCAUCCCCUCUGAGAUUUCCUAAUGCUGAUAAGGUCACAUCAGCUCGGAAAAGCCUCGAUGGAUGGACUGUUUUUCAUGAGUCUGUAGCUGCCAACCCGAGAAGGUUUCCGGGCAGUGAUGAUGGAGGGAAUGACCGAACCGGAUUGGAUAAAAUAGAUGCAGUUCUUACUCUGAAAGAUCAUGUCGAUGAUGUCCACAACGAUCAGGUAUGUCAUAGUAAUCAUAGUACAAAACAUUAUUCUGAACAAUUUAAAGCUGAAACAAGAACAAACAACAACCAAUCUCAGAGUGGAGUUCACUUGGAAAAAUCUGGAAAGUCUUCACAUUCGAACGACAAGGCUCACGCCUCUGGUUCUGACGUAGACAAGAUUAAAAUCAAGGCUUCUGAUUCAAGAAAUGAUGCUCCAGAUCACAUGCAUUUGCAAGAGGAGAAGUCAAAGAGCAAAAGAAACAAGUCUGAUGAGAAAUCUGGCUCUCCUAAAAGGGGUGAGAAGUUUGUUUCCAAGAAAGAUACGGCGGGAGGAAUGUCAAGUGGGAGCUCUAGAGCACCAAGUCAAAAGAAACUUGGCCAUGAUGGACAAGAUACUAUCAGAAACCAGGAUAAGAAGCAUGAUCUCCCACAAGAGCAUGAAAAUGAGAAAUUACCUAAGAAAAGCAACCAGGCAGAACUCCUUGGGAAUGGGAAGUCACACUCACUUCCGCCCUUAGCAAGAAUACAGACUGAGACUGCUCCUGUUUCUGGAUCUCAGAAGGAAAAUAGUUUAAAAGGUUUGGCUCCUGAUGCAUCCGAUAACAGUGAUGCACAAAAUGCCUUGAAUCAGAGAAAGAAAUCUGAGAACUCAAAUGGUCUGCCUAUGAGGCAUCGAACCCCAAAUUCUCAUAAAGUUCGGGAUGUUGACGCUCCAAGUCCCCUUCGAAAGGAUUCCUCCAGUCAGGCUGCUAAUACCAUUUUAAAAGAGGCGAAGGACCUCAAACACAUGGCUGAUCGUCUUAAGAAUUCUGGAACCAGUAUUGGGCUCUACUUUGAAGCUUCCCUCAAGUUUCUCCAUGGAGCCUCUUUGCUUGAAUCUGGAAGUAGUGAAGCUACUAAGCAUAAUGAACUGAUGCACUCAUUGCAUAUAUAUAGUAGCACUGCAAAACUAUGCGAGUUUUGUGCCCAUGACUAUGAAAAGUCAAAAGACAUGGGUGCUGCUGCUUUGGCCUACAAAUGUAUGGAGGUUGCUUACAUGCGAGUGAUUUAUUCAUCUCAUAGCAAUACAAGCAGGGAUCGGGCCGAGUUGCAAAGUGCUCUUCAAAUUGCUGCCCCUGGUGAAUCUCCAUCCUCCUCUGCCUCUGAUGUCGACAACUUGAACCACCAAGCGACAGCAGACAAGGCUGUCUCAGCCAGAGUUGCGGGCUCUCCUCAAGUUUCUGGAAGCCAUAUCAUUACUUCACGUAAUCGUUGUGGUCUUCUGCGUGUUUUGAACUUUGCACAGGAUGUUACCUUUGCAAUGGAAGCAUCAAGAAAAUCAAGAAUUGCUUUUGCAGCUGCUUCGUCAGGUCUUGGAGAAACCCAGAAAGAGGGUAUCCGUUCACUUAAAAAUGCGCUUGACUACAGCUUCCAAGAUGUUGAGGGUUUAUUGCAGUUUGUGCGAAUUGCAAUGGAUGCCAUCAGCCGUUAAACAACUUGUAAUUAACAUUCCAGUUUUGGGUCCUUACUCACCAAAUAAUAUGCAAUGCAUCAAGAGUUCAAGUAGAACGUGUCACCCUUGUAAAUCUGUACAGUUAUAUUGAGUUUGCAUUGCCUUUCUGAUUCUUAAUCGCAUGCUUAUGGAUGAAAUAAAGGCCUCAAUUUUUUUAAAUUUUUUUUCAACUUGGGUUGAUGAUGUUUGAUAAAGUGUAUCACUGAAGAAAUGACCAUAGCUUGGUUGACGAAAGGCUAUCGGACCAUUUUAAGGUGUUGGAGUGUUGAUGCAUGCCCCACAGUUGCAAUGGAGUGCUGUCUUGAGUGUGCUGACCCUGUGUUUCAUAUACAAGCUCGAUGCAUUUUUCAUAAUGACAAAAUUGGCCCCGAUGAGUUUACCCAGAUCCAGCAAAUUCUGAUUGGGAAUCGGGAUUGCAUCCUCAGGUGCGAUCAUAUAAUUUCUGCUCGUGCCCUUACAGAAUCUAUUUUUGUAUUCAUUUAGUCAAGUGCAAUAAGUUUCUGAAUCAGCUGCACCUGGUGGGAAGAGUAAUAUGGCAGUUUGUAUAUUUGUCACUGAUGAAUGAGUUGGAAGUGAUGCCCGAAUAGUGUAUACUUGUAGUAUGCUGUGGAGCUGAUUCUCAAGGAAAUACAUAUAGCUAUUAACUUUUCUGAAAUAUCCCAGUUGCUAUACUUACAUUGGAAAAACGUACGAGCCGCUUCAUCUUGAUGGCAUUCUGGACAUGGACACCCUUGAAAUCACCAUCGGCUGACAGGUGGUACGUGAGGUGAGACGCGAUCAAAGCUUCUGAUGGAUGCAGGAGGAGAGUCUUGAGUCCCUGUGAAGAUUUCGUGGCAUUUUGCUGUGUGGGAACAUUUUUCUCUGUAGCAGAAAUUUGCUUAUCCCAAUUUGCUGAGAAUUCUUUGAUAUGUACUGUAUUUAGUUGUUGCUUGUAAAAAAUAUUUCUUCUCCAUUAGGUUAGAUUUAGUGAAAAGAAUGCACAUUUUAUUCCAUUUAUACUUGUAAUUCAAUUUUUUAAUUCUUAGGUGUUCCUCUUUUUAUGAAAAAGAGUGAACUAUAUACAUUGUAAUUGAUCUUUCAAGUAAUUGAUCUUUCAAUUUCGCACAUAAAUAGUACGUGAUCUUUAUUUUA